CGGUAUCUCCCCACCGUCAACACGAGCUUCGGAGUCGCUCACACAUUCCGGGAAUCUAACAGUAAAAAAAGAAUCAGGGUCGUCAUGGAGACACCAAAAGAUCAUCAGAAAACAAACAUGUAACGAAAUCAGUCGACUCACAAAAGACGUUAAUCAGUUCAAAGCAUUCAAAGGACCCUGAUAAAAAGGCGGAUUCAAAGAAAUAUCCGGAUAAGUCGGAAAAGAUCGGUGAUGUGAAACAGGAACACAGUAAAGCUAAACAGCACGAUAGUAACAAAGAGAUGGCCGUGCCCAUGGCUUUGUCACCAAAUGGUCAGACUCAAGUGAAAGCUAAAUCAAAUUCUACUUCGCCUACACGCGUUCAUGUGGACAAACGCAAACCGAAUAAAGAUAUGUCUCCGUCACGAGCUGAAAAGGAUGUUGUUCUUCAUCAAUGUGAUAAGGGCAGUGACAAAUCAGAAGUAAUUAACAAAUCGGACGAUACAAUCGAGUCACCUAAGUGUAAGCAUAGUCAUGAUGGCGAAAAGGAAUGUAAACAAAAAGUGGCCCCUACUCUUACAACUGUCACCAUGACUUCCGGUCAAAGUGUUACGUCACCACAAUUGAGCCCGAAAUCCGCUCCGCCAAUCAACAGAGGUGGUUCUUCCCCGGAAACCAAUGCAGUACCCGUGACGUGUGAUACCCUCACAUCUACAACAUUUUCUCUGCCAUAUUAUCAUUCGAUUUAUUCACAUUCACAACCUAGUAUUCCUGAUGGGAAGAAAGUACAUGCGCCAACGUUUACACCGGAAAUAGGAACGUUACCAAGUGUGGUUGCCUUGACAACAAUGCCUGUUCAAACAACUGCGUGUGAUAUGAGAAUUAAGAAGGAAAGAGGUUCUUACUCCUGCUGUAAGGACAAAUGUGCUACUAGUGUGUCUCCCUGUGUUGUUACUCACCAGCCUUGUGUGUCUCCUUCAAAACCUGGUCAUGACAAAAAAGAGACAAAUCGACAGUCCAGAAAAGGCUCAGACGCAAGGGAUGUGAAGUCCAAAAAGACACAUCCUAAGGUAUCUGAGACUGGAGAUAAAAACUCGAGAUCUCCAAUAAGUUCCACAGGUUCGUCCCAGUCUAGUUUAUCUCCUGUAAUACAGACAAAAUCUAACCAUGUUUCAAGCUCGGUGUCAGUUCUUGUGAAGGCUGCGGAAAAGGUAAAACCAUUGGCAACCAAAGAACAGCACGUGGCACCAAUCCGAGCCACGACAGAAGCCACCGUUAAAACCCAAACUUCUGAUGACACUAAAGCCACCAUGAAAGGUCUGGUAGCGACUGUUGAGGUAACGGGGUCAACGCGUUUCGGAGGAAAUGGUUUGUCAUCUCCAGGAAUGACUGAUUCAUCCAAAAAUACAUGUCGAGAGAAAGAGAGCACUGUUACGUGUGUGAAGGGUCAACAACAGUGGCUUUCUGCAGAGGACAAUUCGAAAACUCGGAGUAACUCAAAAACCGAGAGUUCUGUGAAACCGUUAACUCGGGGAGUGCAACAGUGUAAAUCCAAGGAUUUAAAAUCUAAACUUCACGAAAAAAGCUUGCGUUCUCGUGAAUCACGGAGAAAGUGUGAUGGUCACGGAAAGGAUGACAGUUCUUCAUCAGCAGGAAUGAACAUACCUAUUGGAAUAGCCGUGGCACAGAAAAGGGAGGAGUUUAAGGAGGAGAAUGUCGAGCCAGACACCGACCCCACCCCAGACCCCGCCAGGAACCCCGGUGAUGUUCGCAGGAGUCCGAGGGACGGGGAAUCGCACCCCAUCCCGACGGUUCAUCACAGAGGCGAUGGACAACCGAGUGCAUUUGGAGGACCCAUCAUAUCAAAAUCAACGUCCCCAAAUGCGCCUGCUCCGGACAUGCGAAACACACUUCCAGCAAAUCUCAUUGUCACUGGUUCAGCGACUGGGACAGGCAUCGCUUGGUCAGAUGAUCCGGCCGCUCGUCACUUCGGUCCGUGGCUUCAAACAGGCCAUGGUAUGAAUCCUGCAUCUUGGAUUGGGCAAAUGCCUUUCACUCUUCCACCGAACAUUCCUACAACAUCCGGUACGACGGAUCCCAGUCAACUUCCGGUGUCUGUACCUCCAGGCUACAAGCUGGUGCAGGAUUCGGUUACUGGGCAUCUGAUCAUCAUGCCGGCGUCAAAUUUAGAAAUGUACGACCCAAGCAGGAUGUGGCCGGGUGGUUUUUCCAGUACAACCCACCCAAAUACAUUCCAGCAGAUCAUGGCAGUCCACCAACAGAACCAGAUCCAACACCAGGUGAUAGGGCAUCCUGGGGACAGACAGCCUACAUCAGAUUUUGCUCUGGCAGUUCAGCAGUACCAGCAACAACUACAGCAUUUAUAUCAAUCACGUCCUGAAACUGGGUCAGCUGAGACAUGUACACCACCCUCAGGUCAGGCUACCAUUGUUGACCACUCAAAAUCAUUCGAUAAUACGACUUCAAAAGAAAUCCAUACUUCCGGCAAAACUUCCUCCUGUCCGUCCACAGAGGCCGACCACACCGGCAAAUCAGCAACUGUGGUGCCCCACCAACCCAUUCAAGACCUUACCCUACAUAAUGGACAGCCCUUGUCCUAUCAGUAUCCCGCCUUACCGCUAGUCUACAGUCCAUCUCUGCUCCCCUCGAUCCCCAUACAGGACUCUGUCAAAACGGAAACGUCAACGGUGCAAUCACGAGGGACGUCACCCAUGGUUCCUGCGAGUGAGAUCGACGAUACGUCACAAGAGGUGAUAGAUGCAGCUCCGUCUACAACACAGUCCAUGUGUGACAUUAUAACGGAUAUCACAAAUGUUUCCCAGAGUAUUGCGUCAGUACAAACGUGUACUACGAACGCAUCCUCUUCUUCAGGACUUGUGACUUCGGUAACCUGUUCAAUAGACAAGUCAGUGUCAAGUGAUGAAUCCAAGGCAGGCUCGUGUGACAUCCCCAUUCAAUCAUUAGACAGUGAUCAUUCUAGUAAAUCAGAAAAGGAACAAUCUUUACUGAAAGAAGAAACUCCUGAAGUUAAACUGGACACAAACAGAAUAACGCCAUCUACUUCAGUGACUACUGACGAGUGCGUGAAAGAAGUUAGUGAACGUUCUGAAUCUAAGGAAACUACCGGUGAUGUUAUUUGUGUGAAAGAGAACGAACCUAAGCAGAACCCUAGUGAUUAUAAUCCAUUCUUAGACCCACAGAUUCUCCAGGCUGCUGACGGAUUAGAACUUCUCAGCACACUCGCAGAAAUUAGAGCAAAAUGUGUGACUUUAGAAACGCCAGUUGUUCCUCCUAAUGAAUCCCAGAUGGUAUCCUCCGCUACUCCCGACGCUAAAGGGACAACGGGAGUAUCUGGGGCAAAAACGGAAAAAACAUGCAACUCUUCUAAGGAUCCAAAGGACAAAGAGGAUAUCAUUGAUAAAAAGGUUUCCAAAGAAACCGAAAAAAAUGAAAAGAAGGUAACCACACAGGAAAAACCAAAACCUAGUGUUCAACGCAGUAAUUCCGAUACCCCAAAACAAUCCAAGAAGAAGCCGCUCAGUCGCACGCGGUCGAUUCCUGCUAAAAGCGACCCAAAAACCGAACCAGCAAGUUACUAUACAUCAACGGGCCUCAAAAUUCCACAAGGAGAAGAGGAAAUCAAUGCCAUCGAAUUGGACAUGCGCAUUAGACUUGCAGAACUCCAGCGACUUUAUAAAGAAAAACAACGGCAGCUAGCGAAACUUCACCCGAAACGGGAGAAAGACGAUCCCCUUUCUAAACGAGGACCGGGACGACCAAGAAAACGGAAGCAUCAAACAGUGCCAGAUACACAGAAGCAGGAACCUGUACAACCGAAAUCCAAUCAGACAAAGACCAAAGAACCAGUGGUCAAGAAAAAGAAACAGGCCGAGGAACUUGUAGACAGAGUGUUUCGAAAGACCGGCGGAGGAUUUGGGAUGCCACUCAGCAAGAAGCUGAAAGCAAAUGCCAUGGCAGCUUUAUUCAAAACACAGUCCGGCUUUACAGUGAAACGGAAGGGAGUAACAUCCAUCCUACCGGGGGGAGGCAAAUCGUGUGAUUCUAUAAAAAUGAAUGAAAAAAAGUCUGUAGUUAAGAAGCAUGAAUCUAAGACAUCUAUCAUCAGUAAAGGUAAUCUGAAAUCUUCUACGCCGCCUGAUAAAAAGAUUGCCUCUUCGAACAAAGACAGUUUUGCUACACCUAAAAUGAAGACCGAGAGUUUUUCCACUGGACUAGUAACAAAACAGACGAAACCAAAGAAAACUCUACCGGAACAGGAUAAAGUUCCUGGACCAGAGGAGUGCGGACUUGGUAUGUUGGCUAAUGUAGCAGACGACAGCGGUCUGGGUGUACUUGCAAAGUACGCAAGUUGUGCUGUAGCUGAGCACAUUCCCGCCAAAAAGCAUAAAAAGAAGCGAGAGGAGGAAGGUGUGUGUACUACAACAAUGAAGCCGGACACCAAUGCUGUUUCUGCUGACACCCCUCUGAAUGAUACCCCUGUAUCAGAUAGUACAGAAGUUAACACUGCUUGCCCCAGUACAAAUACUACCACGCCUGCAGUAAAACGAGAAUCCGAAUCGGAUUCCACACCGGAAAGCUCUUCGUCUGUCAAUAAGAAGCGGAAGCCUGGUCGACCUCGCAAAUGUAAUCCCAACACGACACCUGGUGUUACAGAAACCAUUGUUGCAAGAAAUUCUAAAAACUUCUUCUACCAUUUCCAUUCGUUUGAGGAUGUUGUGAAAGCACAUUCCAACACAUCGGCACAGGAACGGAAGGCAAAGGUGGAAUCUUCUGCUCCUAUGGAACCACUGUAUCUAGACCAGGAAUGGUUUAUUCGGAGAAGCGAACGGAUUUUCCUCAGUGAACCAAGUCCACAACCUUCACCAAACACCGCUAAUGUCAUAGUGAACACUCCUAAACCUCCAUCUGUGGUUACGCCACCUGCUAAAAAGUCUUCGCCAACAACAACGCCCUCUCCAGCCAAAUCGAAAAGUGAAAAAGCAACGCCAACGACAACGCCCUCUCCAGCCAAAUCGAAAAGUGAAAAGGCAAAACUUCAAAAGGCCAAAAAUAUCAAGGAGCUUACACAGAAAGUCAAAAAUAAAUACAACAAGGCAUUCCAAUACAAGAGCAAAGCGAAGGAAUCCAAACACAAACCAAAACAAAAGAAGGAACGUACAAAGUCCGAACCGAUAGCUUGUGACUACGAUUCGGAUAGCAGUGGAAGUGACAAUAUCCCUCUGAGUGUGCUGCGCGAGAUGCCUGCUAUCCCAGAGCCUCGUUCCUGCGCUAUAAGUAAGGACGAAUUAGCCGAUAACCUGAGGGUUCUAGUGUUUAAGGACGGCCUGUUCUAUGAGGGAGCUGUCCAAGGUAUUCGUCCUCCUGACGUGUACGGCGUUCUCAUCGACAACGAGAGGGGCAACCGUCCUCACAUCUACUCCCAAGAGGAGAUCCUUCAGGAGGUGAUUGUAGAUGUGAAACCAAGCACAACUCGGUGCCUCCUCGAAGGAACACGUGUGUGCGCCUACUGGAGCCAACAGUUCAGUUGUCUGUACCCAGGCACGGUGGCGAAAGCGAGUCCAAACCCUCACGCCGAUACCGGUUCCAUCAAUGUGGAGUUUGAUGAUGGCGACUCUGGCCGUAUUCCAUUGGAUCAUAUCCGAAUGCUUCCGAAGGACUUCCCUCAUGUUUCAUAUGAUCCAAAUCCCCUAUUAUUGAUUGGUAAGCGACGUCGUCACACAACCUCUGAUAGCUUGGAACCACCUCGAAAACCCCAAAACUCCGCACAGUCCUCGGAGUCAACCCUGAAAACAAAACGGGGCCCGGGUCGACCUCCAAAGCAGAAGAAGGAUGAUGCCGGUCAACCGAGCGACGCGUCUGCAGCAGAGGAGGAGGAGGAGGAGGAAGUCGAUGUGUGUGGAUUCGAUGAAGAUCGUGAUGAUGUAUUUAACAAUGGUUUCUCGAUGGAAACUUUCCGUAAGGAGAGAGCGAAGUCAAGUAAUGCUAAGGAACAUGAUACUAAACAAAAGAAAAGAGAUCGGUCAUCGAAUGGUACCGGUAAAGACUCUGAAACGGAGCUUAAAUCUAGUGGGAAGAAACGGAAAAAGGAUCAAGAGUAUUCCGAGGAUUCUAGGGAUUCGGAUAUUUCUGAUGGUGGUGAUGUUUCUGAUGAUGGUUCGAGGAGCUCAGAUCAAGGUAAAACACGAUAUCAUUGUAAGGAUUCUAGCAUCAAAAGUAAGAAACUUCAUGUCACCUCUUUGAUUAAGGCAGCUACAUUUGAGUACAAAUCUUCAGGAUCCCUCCAUAUUCUAAAUAGGAACAAAUGUGAAAGUAGAAAUGACAAUUUGUAUGUGGAAAGUGAAAACGAUUAUCAGCAGUGGGAUGGUGAUAUUUAUUCCUUUGGUGAAGACGCUAGCACUUCAGGACAUCACGCCAAACCCAAGUGCACAAAAAGAUCACUUUCCACUGAGAGUAAAAGCAAAAUCGCAGCAUUUCUUCCCGCAAGGCAGCUUUGGCGAUGGUCAGGAAAGUGUACAAAGCGGCCAGGUCUCAAGGGAAAGGCCAAAAAAGAAUUCUACAAGGCUAUAGUUAGAGGUCGAGAGAAUAUUCUGGUUGGAGACUGCGCAGUGUUUCUCUCCACUGGAAGACCCCACCUACCAUACAUAGGUCGCAUAGACAGCAUGUGGGAAGCUUGGGGAGGUCAGAUGGUUGUCAAAGUCAAGUGGUUUUACCAUCCAGAGGAGACACGGGGAGGGAAGAAACUCCAAGAUAUGAAGGGGGCCUUGUUCCAGUCCCUUCACAUAGACGAGAACGAUGUCCAGACCAUUUCACACAAGUGCGACGUACUUUCUUACAAGGAAUUUUGUAGGCGACAAAAGGAAUUACGAAAAAAGUGUGGGAAUGGAGAGGAGCAGGAUGUGUAUUAUUUAGCGGGAACAUACGAACCAACUAUCGGGUUGUUAAAAUUCGAAAAAGACAUAGAUAUCACUUGAGUAAUAGCAGAAAUGGACUUACUGAAAUUACGCAUAUGUAGUGUUGAUAAGAUAAGUUAUUAACACCUGUUGUGAUAUAAAACACAAUACAAUUUGAAAUAGUUAAGAUGAUGAUACAUGUGACGUUAUUUAUAGAUAUAUGGCGUCUUCCUACUGUGAUAUUUUAAAUCCCGAGACUUAUUGUCUAUGACUAUAUCAAUCAGUUUGCCGCGUAAAGAUAUCCUUUUACAGUGAGGACAAAGGUUGUUAUGCUAAUAUAGGAAAUUUUACCCAAAACUAUACAAGUAUUUUUGUCUUGUACAUAAUACGGAAUGAGGAACUGUAACUCAUCGAGUUUAAAGGUUGAAUGAUAAUGGCGUGCUAAAAUACUUGACAGAGGUGACAGUAAGGAAAGCAUAUGAGAUGGUUUGGGUUAGUGGCACCGUGAUAAACCACCUUGUGUUAUAGGUAGUCCGUCACAGUUAUUUGUUCGAAGUUUGAAGCAUAUUAUGGCUCAUGUUGAACGUUUUACUACAUCCGAAUUGGUGAUGAUGUGUUCUGUAGUUUUAAUGUCGUCUGAUGCCGAAACUAAACACAUUGUGUCAGUGUUGAGAGAUAGGUGACUGUUAUGUAUUUUAUAAGUAUGGAAACGGAUACACAAUGUCGGCAAAGAUUGGUGCUUUCAUGAGCCAUGGCUCUUUAAUGUUGAAAUAUAUAAAUAAUGUUACGCCUAUAUCUUUUUUUUUAAUUUUAUGCUUGUUAGACCAUUCAUAAUUCUCAUUUCUUCAAAGGUCCUAUGUAUAUAAUAUAAUAAUCAUAUUUGGCUUUCUUUGUGCAAUAAGUGAUGCAUUUGCAUCUACAUAUGUUAUCCUUGGUUGUCGUCCAUAUAUUGUAUAUACUGUAAUUUUCUACCACAAAUGUGCCCGAAAGAUGCAUUUGAUAAGUGCUUGACAUAUGAAAGUGCUGAAAGUCUAUAAUAUACGAUUUAUAUAUUGUUUCCUGUUUAACCGCAUCCUUCCUACGGUUGCGAUGACCCGUUGCAUAUAUUUUAUGUUUGUUGGAUUAUUGCAUUUGAAAAUAUUGAUUAGUUGAUAUAGUUACUUGAAAAUGAAUAAUAUGAAACAAGUUAUAGAAUUUGAGCUACGUAAACUACCCUUAAACAUUCUGAAACUUAAAAAAACACACUCAUUAUAUCUGAACUGAAGCAAAUAACAAACAAUAUCAGAAAAAGUCUACGCAACCCAGCGAUAUAUAGACAGGAUCAAAUAAGUAUGCACAAUAUGUCUACAAAUAAAUCCGUAAUGUUUUGUAUACAAAAGCAUCUUGUCACAACUAAUCUUAAUAUCAACAGGCUACACAAUUACUUAUGUUGGUUCAUCUUUGAAGUCUUUCAGAAAGAGCAAAUAAUGAUUGUUUCAAUAUAUUGUAGGUCAUGUGAAUGUUUGUGUCUAUUUGUAUUGGCGCCAAGCGCCACUGAGACUGUCGUAAAUGGAGUAUAUGGAAUGUUUGAAUGUUUAAACAGCAUUUCAAUAAAAACUUUGUAACUUAUUAUCUAGUAAUUAUUUUAAGGUGAAUUAUUGGUAAAUGAUUAAACCUGUAUCAAAAUAGAUUCUAUCAUAACUAAUUAAUAUGUUUGGCAUAAACCAAAAUAUUGAAGUAUAAAGGAACAAAAAUAACAGAAAAUGGUGCGUCUAAAGUAGUUUAUACAUUUAUACAGAAUAAGGAACCACCAUUUUCUUUUACAAUGUUAUUACACUGGAUGCUUUGAUAAGCUUUAUUAGUCCUCCACCGGAAACCAGAGUAGGGGAGACUAGUUUUUCGUUCUGUCCGUCCGUCCGUCCUCUAUCUUGUCUGGAAUCUGUCCUCUACACUACUUGUCACUGACUCUUCAUGCUUGAGGCAUGGGUUCACCUAGGUUAGGCGGCGUGCCAAAUGUCAAACAUAGGUCACUCUGACCUACAGUUUGACAUUUGACCUACAUCAAAGAAAAAGUUUGUCCGGACUAGAACUUCAUAUUUCGGAUAAAGGGUCAUCUUGGUAAGGCGGUGUGUAAUGUUUCAAAAGUAGGAAGCUCUGACCUAUAUUUCGACCUACAUUGAAGAAAAAAUAGAAAUAUCCUGACUGUAUCUCGUGGAACUUUAUAACGGUUCAACUUAUUUGAUACGAAUUUAUCAUCUGUGCAUUCUUGGCAUAUAAUUCCACAUCCGGUGGGGGACAGUAAUUCCCUGAAUCCGAAUGGUCUUGUUGGAAAUUAAAUUUAAUAAGGGUUUAUGGCUAUUUGGAUAAUGUAGGUAACCAGGCCAAAGAGCGCGAGUUUACGAGGAAAUGAAAACGCUAUAAGUGCGUGAGGACGAGAUUAUGAGUAUCGGAAAGGGAGAAUUGAUUAGAACAUUAUGAGUGUUCGUGGAAGGGAAUGAGGCGCUUUGUAUGUGUGUAGCAAAAGGAAGAACGUUGCGAAUAAAUAUUGAAAGAGAGCAUCUAGACGUCAGAGGUCUGUAGGUGGGGAGAUGGGGAAUGGGAGUGCUAUGAGUUUGUAUGGGAGGGGAGGAAGGGGGUCAUUUUGUGUGUAUGAUGAAGAUAAUUGGGAGUUCGUUAACGCAUGUGGAGUAGGAACCGUAAUGUCUGUAUGUUGGAAAGAACAGACAAAAUGAGUUUUGUGAGAGCAGAAGAAUCAUAGCGUAAGGAGUUUCCGUUGGCGUGAGACAUGUGACGUAAUGAGCAUACAGUAUAUGGGGAUGGGGUUGUGACGUAAUGAGUAAACAGUAUAUGAGGAGGGUGUGUGUGACGUAAUGAGUAUACUAUAUGGGGUAGGAUAUGUGCAGUACUGAGUAAACAGUAUAUGGGGUAGGAUAUGUGACGUAAUGAGCGUACAGUAUAUGGGGUGGGAUAUGUGACGUAAUGAGCAUACAGUAUAUGGGGUGGGUUAUGUGACGUAAUGAGCAUACAGUAUAUGGGGUGGGAUAUGUGACGUAAUUAGUAUUCAGUAUAUGGGGUAGGAUAUGUGACAUGAAUGUAUGUUGGGAAGAGAAAUGAGAGCGAAAUGAGUAUCUAGUAUGUGAUAUGGAACAAUGUGACGUAAUGAGUGUAUGUGGGGGUGGGAAAUGUGACGUUAUAAUUGUACAGGGUAUUGGGUGGGAUUUGUGACGUUGUGUGAGUAUGUGGGGUGGGACAUGUGACUAAUGAAUAUACAGUGUGUUGGGGUGGAAAAUGUGACGUAAUGAGUGUAUUUGGUAGUGGGAAAUAGUAGUUUAUAUGUGUAUGUCGAGGGAACGUUAUGUGUGAAGAGGAGAAUCUAGGUGUAGGGGAAAGGAUUGCAGCGUUAUAAUUACAUGUGGGAGGGACAAGAGCAUUGUGCGUGUAUGUAAUUACAUGUAUACAAGUGUCAAGUGACGUAUACAUGAGUAUGUACAAAUGUAUACGUGAUAUAUGUAUAUGUUUAAAAGGCUUACAUGUGUGAUAUAUGUUUGGUUAAAUGUAUGUGUAAUAUAUUUGUCGAAGGCAUGUAUGUGAUACAUGGUUUAUGCGCAUUGCAAGAACAAUACUUAUAGUUAUGAUAUGGCAGAAAUGGCAAUUGUAUAUAAUGCAUAUUGUCUUUUUAACGUCUAAAACAUCAGACACUUACCCGUGACUUGUCUCAAUAAAGUUACUGCUCAUUUAAAAA